AUGUUGCCUCCUCUCCCUCUGUACACACACACCCAUACAUACACCCAGCUUGCAUUCAAUCGCCUCCCCAUAAUCAUUCAAUCCGCCACCAUGGACUUUGCAAAGCUCAUGUCCGCUCACAUCAAAAAGGGCAAGGAAUCGGCUCCACCACCCUCUGGCGACAAAAAAUACCUCAAGCGCAGCGAACUCGAAGCCCAACGACAAGCUGCCUACCGCGCAGAGCAGGAAGCCGCCGAGAGAUCCAGAGAGGAACGGUUGUCAAAAAAGCGGAAAGCGGAGGAAGAGGAAGCAGCCAAAGAGGAAGAGCGACGGGAGAAGCGCCAGCGAUUGGCAGAAGAGACAAGACGGCGAAGGGAAGAAGAGGAAGAAGCAGAAGAGAGGCGGCGUCGGAAACGUCUAGGGCUCCCAGAUUUGCCUCCAAAACUCAAGGACGGCGACAGCGAUGGUACGCCGGUGCCCGAGGACGAGGACAUGGCUGAAGAGGAGCUUUUCACAAAGCUACGAGCGCUCAAUGAGCCCGCAAUCCUGUUCGGCGAGUCACACAGGCAGCGUCUGAAGCGGUACAAGAAACGCAUUGGAGCCGACAAUCUCAAGGCUAUGAUGACGGAUGGGCCCAUACCCACUACGCUGCAGCUCGUACCCGAGAAAGACAUGAAGGUGGAUGCAAAAGUGCCCAAGGACAAGGAGGGUCGGGAGUUUCUCUUCCGGCAACUGGCGAGCUAUUUCACCAUGGUGCUCAAAGAAUGGGGUAUCACACUCGCCCGCCGCGACCCCGAAGUCAAGGCGUCGUAUCAGGGCAAGCAAGCGCACGCUGCUAUGCUACAGGCCCUUGACAACAUGCGCCCGCUGUUCAAGAAGCUCGAGAAGUUUGACCUCGCUGAUAGUGUUCUGGAGCCUGUGGUGGAGAUUGUGCAUGCGGCUCAGGAACGUCGAUAUGUACACGCCAAUGACGGGUACCUGAAGUUGAGUAUUGGCAAGGCGGCAUGGCCGAUCGGUGUCACCAUGGUGGGUAUUCACGAGAGAAGUGCGCGAGAGAAACUACACGAGAGCGAGGGAGCAGCACACAUUAUGAGCGACGAAAGUACAAGGAAGUGGCUGCAGAGCAUCAAAAGAUGCUUGAGUUUUGCCCAGACGAGAUGGCCGCCGACAGAUCAGCUCCAGUUGAUGGGUUGA